AUGCAUUUUAACACAUUGACCGGCCUUGUCCUGACUUUCGUUAGUCUUUGUUCUGCAACCCACUUUAUCGAACCAGGACGUUUCACAGUCUGGGAGACAGGAUCGACAGUAGAAAUCAAGCUUGCCAAGGGUUAUGCAAGCACUGGAAGUGUUCACUUGUCAAACAACGGUGGAUUUCUGCCCAAGAACCUGGGGUACGUUGUUAAAGACACUGCUUUUGAAGGACAUACGGUUUACAAGUUCAAAGUAUGGGAUGAGCUACCAGAGGAUAAGACCUAUCAGUUGAGUUUCAACCCAGGCACAGAAAGUGGAAAUGCCACAAACGCCAUCUCGCCGCUCUUUACAAUCAAGAAACCUUGUGGCAAAGGAAAGCGAGAUAUUUAA